AAUUGCUGGGUUCAAUUGCAUGUUGUUGAAGGAUCUUUUUAUAGUCUCUGCUUUCUACAGGUUUCAGGACACUUGAUGGUGCCUGGUCUCAUGGGACAGUGUGAUGGCUUGGACACGCCAGGACGGUGGCCAGGUCUCACUGCCAGCUCUCCCGCCGCCCAUACAAGCGCUGCUCCGGGUGCAGAAAACGCUGCCAGGUACCCAAAAUCAAUCAGGAGUGAGUCACGCGCGUGACGCUGUUAUUAUUGUUAUUUUUUCCAGUGGCGCCGUGUUCCCACGGGGAAUGGAGGCUUCCCAGCGCGAACCCCAGGGCAGGAGGCAGGAGGCCAACAUGUGCCAGUGCCCACCUCAGCGCUGCUCCAGCGCGGCUUUUUUUCAGACAAGGAUGCAGAGCUUGCAGCCGGACCCCAAAGCCCAGUACAGGACCGUGUACGAAGCUCUGAAGAAGAUUGUCCUUACGGAGGGUUUCUGGAGGCCUUUACGUGGGAUUAAUGUCACCAUGCUGGGGGCUGGCCCUGCCCACGCAAUGUACUUUGCCUGCUAUGAAAAAAUGAAAAAGUCGCUGAGCGAUACUCUCCAGCAUGGAGGAAACAGCCACUUGGCCAAUGGUAUAGCUGGGAGCGUGGCCACGCUACUCCAUGAUGCCGUGAUGAACCCUGCUGAAGUGGUGAAGCAGCGGAUGCAGAUGUUCAACUCCCCCUACAAGUCUGUCCUGGCAUGCAUAAGGACAGUGCAGAAGACAGAGGGGUUUGGUGCCUUCUACCGCAGCUACACCACCCAGCUCACCAUGAACGUCCCCUUCCAGGCCAUUCACUUCAUCACCUACGAAUUCAUGCAGGAGCAGAUCAACCCACGCCGGGAGUAUAACCCUCGGUCCCACAUCGUCUCCGGUGCCAUCGCGGGGGCUGUGGCCGCCGCCGCCACCACUCCUCUGGAUGUCUGCAAGACCUUGCUCAACACCCAAGAGAACAUGGCCUUGAGCUCCGUCAACAUCAGCGGACAUCUCUCGGGCAUGAUGAAUGCCUUCAAGACUGUCUAUCAGCUGGGGGGCAUUGCGGGGUAUUUCAGAGGGGUGCAGGCACGCGUCAUUUACCAGAUGCCUUCAACGGCCAUCGCCUGGUCCGUCUAUGAGUUCUUCAAGUACUUUCUCACCAAGCACAAGGUGGAAAAAAGAACAUCCUUGUGAAGGACUUUGCCGCGAGUGAAUGCAAGGCUCCGCGUCCCCUCUGCGUGUGCCUGCGAGCCAGCGAGCCCAGGGUCUCUGAUAAAGGAACGUGCCAGGUUUCUGGUGGAUUCACAGCUGACGUCCACUUGUCCCUCCCCAGGGGAAGGAGGAAUUAAAGUGGUCCUCAGUCACGUGUUCCCCAUUUGCUUAAACAGUGAAAUAGUUGAUAAAGACUUAUAAUAAUAUAUAUUUUUUAAUAAGUUUAUUUUGGAGAGGUGAAGUUGCUAACUGAUAUUUUUCUCCGAAUUAAGUUUGAAGAUGUAGUUUACUCCUCACCAGAAGGCUUAGGUUAUACAGCCUAUGCUGUUUUUUUUACAGCGAAGCAAAAUAUCCUGUCACAGAACUUACUUUUUAUAUAAAUAUAAAAUAGAUGGAUAAUGUUUAUCCUUUAUUUUUCUAUGUAGGCAUUUGGGGUCUUUUUUUAAAUACUAUUACAGCUAGAUGCUGAGCUGUUUAAAAAGGGCUAGAUUCUUCCAUCCUGUGUAAGGAAGACACAAAAGCAUUUAUUUUUAUAGCCAGAUUGGCUUUAAUUAUACAGCAUUUAGCCCCCCAGCGGUGGCCCAGAUUCUCCUGUGGGUGUCAAGGUACUUGGUAGCCCCUUGAGACUUGCUGGGAUGGGGGGGAAAGGAACAGGGACACCACUUUGGGAAAAUGUAGGACACCAAGGAGGGGCAGCCUAAAAUACCUGGUCACUUUGUGGGGGAGAGGGGGAAACUCAAUUCAGUUUUUUACAAGCUGACUCUUAAAAAAAAAAAAGUAGUUUUUAAAGAAUCAGGGUUGGUUUUUUUUUUGCAAACACUUUUUAAAGGUACAUUCUUAUGGUGUGUGAUAGCUGAACAGCCUUCAUCCUCCCUUAAUUUAUUCAUAGUUCUUUUUCACUAAGGCCCUGACCCUGCUUACAGGAACGACUGUGCAUGUCUCGCUUGCUGGUGGCAUCGAAGCGGGGUGCACGGAGCUGCUCUGCUGCCUGGGGGGGGGGACACCAGACCUUCUGUUUACAGUUUGGCUACUGAGUCGCAAGGGUCGCAUCCUGGCAGCAGGCGGUGAAAGCCUUGGGCAAGUCUUCCCUGCAGAUCUGAAGCCACCUCCCAGCCCAUGUUUGAUAACAAGCUGCUGCUCAUCUCUGUUGGGGAGGGGGG